AAUAAUCAUACGCAACAAUUAUACAUUUAUUUCGGUUUAAUUGUUAACAUAUAAAUAAAAAUUUCUAUAAAUUAGUUUGCGGAUUAAGCACUGAAAUGGCCGAAAAUCAAAGUGAAAAUUCGAAUUUGUCAGUUAAACAGAGUGAAAUUUUCGAUGCAGUAUUAUUAUUAUUGGGUUCCGGGAUAGGGCCAAACGCAGUGGGAAACAAGAUCCGUAGACUUCAUGCAAGUUGGAUAGCGUUAUCGAAAACAUCACGCAAAGAGUUAAAUGAAUAUCUUGUAGAAUGUUUGCCGCCUUCCUAUUUAACUUCUUACGAAACUAUGACGGUAGCCUUUGCCAUGUGGGAAAAUCUUCAAAAAAUGUCAUCUUCUAUUGAUAAUCAUCCGUUGGAAUGGAUCAACGAUUCUUACGUGGCUCACAUGUCCGAAAGCUGUGAAGACGAAUUAACUCGCUUGGUCACUAGAAUAGAAUAUAUUUGGACUCAUUCAAAUUUUGAAAUUAGUGAACAUGUGUAAAUUAUAUUUAAUAUCACUAAUAGUCAAGACACAUGAAAAUCUUACAUUAUCUUAAUAGAGUUUUAAUUAGAUUAAAAUUUUGGCUUGAAAUUUUGAUUUUUAAGUGGAUUAUACAUAAUUACACCUUUUGUACAUUUCGUUUAAUGAUUACUCUGAUAUAACGCAAAAAAGUGUGUGCAAAUUAAACAUAUUUAUAUUCCUUCCAGCAGCAGGGAGUUUUCACAAUCUUCUGUUGUGAAAACUCCCUAAAAAGAUUUGAAAUUUUCUCCGAAACUAAUAGUUUUCCUAAAAACUGAAACAAGUUUCCCUAAAUAAUUUUGCUCCAGGUACAAUGUAUAUAAAAAAUCUUAGUCUUUGGAGAGUCCAGAGAAACAGAUUUUCACUUUAGGGCGCAGGAGGCAUGGACACGGUUGAGCAAAAGCAUCAGCUCCGGAUCAUCCCGCGAGAUCCUCGAAAGAGAACAAUUAUGAAUUGUGUGACUUUUGGAAACUCCUACUUGUCGCAGAAACUCAAGUAACGAAAGUGGAUAGACUAAAAUUUCCUUCCUAAAUUUCUCCAUCUUGCUGAUUUCUCUCUCAAUUUAAGGGAAACCACUAAGUUGGCAUGUAGGAAGAGCCUGCAUUAUUAGUUGGAAAUCAGUUAAUUUCUUAUUGCAACAUGGUGCAUUAGGUAUUCCCUUCUCCCUAUUAAUGGUUUAAAAGUGGACUAGUCUCGUUUGACAAUUGUCAACUCGUGUUGGAAGGACUAUAUACUUGUACGUAAGAAAGAUUUUUAAUUCACACAAAUUUAAUUUUUUUAGAAUGUAUGAAACGUAAGUCAAAAAAGAUCUUACGAAGUGUUUCACCAACAUUACCUAAUCGUGGUAUUUGUAAAUCCAUGAUUAGACUAAUACCAAGAUUACUGAUGCAAGGAUUUCACAAAUUUUAGCGAAGGAUUACUAAAUGCCGAGAUACUAAGAACAGGAUUAGUGAAUCCAAUAAUC